CCCUGUAUCUGGUUAUAUUGCUCAUUGCUCUGCAGUCAUGUAUAAAGAAGUAGUGCUGACCCUCUGUCUGCUGGUGGCUCUGGCGAGUCAAGCACAGGCCACCGACGGCCAUCCCAUCUACGGAGUGAAGCUGUGUGGAAGAGAGUUCAUCAGAGCCGUUAUCUUCACCUGUGGAGGAUCACGCUGGAGACGCUCCAUCGGCAUGGCAGCUGAUCUGUCCAGUGACCUCCUCUCAGCUCACGAUGACGAGGCCUCUGACGGCUGGAGCUCGAACCCAGUCCCCGCCCUGUCCUACAAGCCCCACCCCGACUCCGAGGCCCCCGGCUGGGCCCCCGAGGGCCCCGAGGUGUUCCCCCGGCCCGCCCGCUCGCUCAUCUCCGACGAGGUCCUAGAGGCCCUGCGUACCUCCGACAGGAAGGGGCGGGACGUGGUGGUCGGCCUGUCCAAUGCCUGCUGCAAGUGGGGCUGCAGUAAGAGUGAGAUCAGCUCCCUCUGCUGAGCAACACACUCCUCCUUUCCUCCGUCCGUCCGUCCGUCCAUCCGUCUGUCCGUCCGUCAUCCCACCCCUCCUGCUACCUCCGGGAGUCACUGACAAAGCUUCCUGCUGAACUUUAACUCCACCCAUAUUUCAGAGUAUUAAUCUCUGCCCACGAAAUGAUCCAAUUUGGUAAUGAUUCAGUUAAAUUAUGAUUCAAUCUGAUUAUGAUUCAGAUAAAUUAUGAUGUUUCAGUAAGGAUAUAAUUACAUUAUUAUUCACGGUAGGGCUAAAAAAAUUAUUGUGAGUCAGUUUGAUUGUCAUUCAAGUACAUUAUGAUCUGACUGAAUCAGGAUUCGACUCAAUGAGGAUUCUAUUCAAUUAUGUUUGAAUUAGAAAUCCAUUCUCUGCAAAAUGAUUCAGUGAAUCACAAGGUCUCAGAUUCAUUCACUAAUUGAAUCACAUAUUUUAGUACAAUUGAUAAUUAUACUAAAAUUAUAUUAUUCUUCAUUAUAUUUGGUUCAAUUAGAUUCAAUUUGAAAAUGAUUCAGAGAAUCACAAAAUCUCAGAUUUCACCACUAUUUGAAUUGUAUAUAUUAGUGCAAUUGAUAAUCAUACUAAAAUAUACAAA